AUGAGUAGGCCUGAUAAUAAUCUUGAAAUUUCUGGUAAACGUAAUGAGUAUUCUGCCAAUGCUGAAUGUGAAUCUUUGAAGAAACCCAUGGAGGAAAAUUCAAGAAUGGCCCAAGAAGGUAACAUUCCAAUUGUGCCUACGAUUCAUGAUCGUCAAGAAAUAUGCGGACAAUUCAAAAGGUGGGGUACCUGCCCUUAUGGUGAAAAGUGUUGUCACCUUCAUUCUAGAGACGAAGGUGAACCCAGGGAGAGCUCUGCAACAAUAAUUUUGAAUGAUUCGCAGGGCAUUGGGCAACCCAAGACGCCUGUCGAUUGUACAAAGCUGAAGACCAAGUUUUGCUACCAGUGGGAAAGGAAGAAUACAUGUUUUUAUGGUGCAAACUGUAAAUUUGCUCAUGGGGAAGCAGAAAUGAGGAGUCUUGAUUCCUCCAAUCUACCGGAAUCGCGGAGCAGUGCUGACAUUUCUUCUCUAGCCAGGAAUGUAGAAUCCAAUGAAAUACGAACCAUUGCUCAAGCUGAGUGUAGAUCCAAGUUGAAUGACAUAAAAAGGAACAGCCGGAUCUAUGCUGACUGGAUUGAAUCGGCACAGCCUUCACCGGAAUCACCAGACACUAAGGAGAACUGA